AUGUUAAUUAUUAAUUAUUAUAAUCAAUUAUGUGAAUAUGGUUAUACACAAUUAGCUAAAGAUAUUGCAAAAGAAACAGAUAGUCAAACCGAUUUGACACCUAGUUCUAAAUUAUCAGAAUUACUUUACAUUGUAAAAUUACAAGAUGAAGAAAAUGAUGAAGAAGAAAUGAAACCAUGUGAACCACCAAUUGAUGACGAGCCUGAUAGUAGUAGCAGUGCUACUGAAGAUGGAAAAACUGAAAUUUGUAUGAAAACAGGAAAAUAUGCUGCAACUGGAUCUGUUGAUGCCUCACUUAAAGUUUUAGACACAUCUAAAAUGAAUAGUCGCUCUGACGAAGAUAGGCCAGUCAUAAGAACAUUAUAUGAUCAUCUUGCCUGUUAA